AUGUCCAGAUUGUCUAAGGAGUAUGUUUCAGAUUCCGACGUGGAGUCUGACGAUAAUGGUCAGGUCUUUGUUGCGCCAGCUGAUUACAAGAAAUGCAAACAUUUGAAAAAAUUUCCAGUGGAUAGAUUGAAAGACUUGAGAAAAUCAAAUAGUGAAAUAUGGCUGAUUAAUUUCCCUGCUAGUCUAGAUAUCUCAAAAUUGAAGACGCUUCCCGUCACCGAUAAUGGGUCCACGUCCGUUAAAGUUUCCGAAUCCCUAUAUGAAAUUGAACAGAAUGCUAAAGAUGCUGUAGAAAAUUUAAGUGUAUUGAUUCCUGAUGACGAUAGAGAAUCUCUGGUAGUAUUGAACAAUAAGAAAGAUGCCAAUGUCAAAUUCGACAAAGUGUUCACUAUCAGUGAGUCUAAGGAUAUUCCUGACGUUGAUGUGGAAAAAUUAAAAGUAUCACGUAAAGAUGUUCCACAAGUUGAUGGUCUUAUUAUGAGACAUUUUGCUACAGGCUACGAUGCUAAGGAUUUCGAUGUCACCGAAAAUGUUUCAACAGAGACCAAAUCUUCAAAGAAACGUCAUCAUCACGAUACUGAUGAUUCUCCAAAGAAGAAGAAAAAAGAUAAGAAGAAGAAAGACAAAAAAUAG